UUUAAAAGAAUGCUGCAAGACUAGUCAGAAGGAGAACAAACUCUGGAAUCUAUAUUCGAAAAACCAAAACUAUACAUAGUCUAAGACUGUAUAUAUAAAAGUGUGGACGUCUGAGUUUUGAAUCAUAUUGUGUUUGAAGUAAGAUUAGAGCUGAAGCACAUUUAGAUUUUGAUUAAUACCAGAAAACAUAACGAUGGAGGCUAUUGAGAGGCAGGCAGAUAAACAAAUCGAAAAUAAGAAUUAUUCAGAGGCGAUUAAGAAGUUUGAUUCUCUGUUAACAAAUCCCAUCAUUGAACCGCAGUACCUUUACAAGCGUGCCAAAUGUCAUUAUCAUCUAAACGUUUUUCAAAACGCACAGGCAGACAUUAAAGAAGCAAUCUCAAAUGGAUUAACAACUAGUCCUGUUUAUAUUUUGGCUGGUAAAAUAGCUGCCAAACAAGCAAAAUAUGAAGAAGCCCUUACUUAUUACAAGAACGUUCUUAAGACCGAACCUGGUAACCCCGAAGUAAUUGCAGACCUGAAAACGAUUCAGAAGGAAAUUCUUGAUACGUAUGAAGCAAAUUCCAAAGAUGGUGAAACAGAGGAAGAAAACUUGAGUCCAACGAAAUUCUGUACCCAGGACAUUUACCCAGGGGACGAUCUUCUUCUGAAGAAUGAGAAAGAGAUUCUUGAAGUAAAUUAUAAGAUUGUAUCUGAGGUAAAUGAGUCUGAGGAUGAUCCCAGAUUAAGUUUUUUGCCUGCACAUAUGAAGAACCCAGCCAAAUUAGCAAUUCAGGGUCAGACUUGUCAAAUGCGAGGCCAGUUGGAAGAAGCGAUGCAGUUCUUUGAUAUGGCUAUUCUGUUAGAUAAAACGAACCACAAUUUUCGUUUAUUUAAAGCAAGACUUUGCUUUCAGAUGGAAAAAAAUUUAGAAUCCUUACAACAACUCUGGUUAAUACCUAAAUCUUUAAGGAAUCAUGAAAUCUGGAAACUUGGAGGACUGAUUGUAAAAGAUUUAGAUCUGCCGGUUCUGGCUGAAUUCUGGAUUCGUAAGGCCACACAGUUUUCAAACAAUGCUGAUGAAGAGUGCAAGAUUGCUUUCCAACAAAUCCGUAUUAAACGUCUCUACUCUCCACUUUGUAUAGACUUUCCGGUAGAAGUAGUUUUUUCCCGCUAUGGAAAAGCUGUUGUAGCUACAAGAGACAUCGACGCGAAUGGUGUCAUCUUCAAGGACUGUCCAUUGGUCAUCGGGCAAGCCACAGACACCCUCACAUCUUCUCCCACGUGUGAUAACUGUGGCUAUUCGCUGAUGGAGCCGAAGCAUUAUUUCGGUGAUAAACUGAACACAAUGAAAGAGGAUUUAAAAGAGUUAAUUGAGUCAUACUGGCCAAAGAGGUUCACGGUGGGUUGCGAGGAUUGCUACCGUGAGAACUACUGCAGCAAGGCUUGUCGAACAGAAGCAAUGGAAGGUUACCACCGAGUGUUAUGCCCAAAGAACAAUCCAGCUGCCAGUCUGUUGUAUGAUGUUCGAGAUGGUGAUGGCUUGGCAGUCAACCCAGAAACAAGAAUGCGAGAAGAGUACUGGGGUGGCCAUUUCAGCCCCAUGAUUAUUCCACGGAUGUAUGCUUCGAUGAUCAGCUACGCCCAGAAACUGAUGGAGGAGGAAGGCCUCUCUGAACCCUCGCUCUUACAUUGGUCAAUAUCUAAAGCCCCUUACAGAAGGUUUGUGGCUUUCGGAUCAUCUAAAGCCGUCCAGAAGAAUCCCCUAUUUUAUGAUUUGCUUAAAGACGUCUUCAAGAACUACAAAAUCCCAUAUGAAAUUACCAAGGCAGAUUUCGAUGGUCGGUACAACCAAGCCACGUGUAAUCUGCAAGCGUUCAGCCCAUACACGACGCCUUACCACAAAUUCCUUGCCAAUCUCCAAGAGGCCGAAAUGGACAUGACUAUAGUGUCCAUGAUCAAGAUGCUUGAGAAAAAACCACCACAAGCGUCUCUGGCCAGUCUCUUCCCACUGCAUGCAUGCACAAACCACUCUUGUGAUAACAACGCUGAUAUAUUAGAUGGGGAGGUUCUUGGUCGGCCAGGGAUCUGGGUGAUGGCACGGCGGCCCAUUAGCAAGGGGGAAGAAAUCCACAUCACCUACAUAGACACGGCGAUGCAACAGAAGUUACGCCGUGCUUGGCUCUAUCGCUCUUUUCAUUUCUGGUGUAAAUGUCGCCGCUGUGAGUUUGAAGGAAGCGACCCAGACAUUUGCACCAAUUGUGAAAAGAAAGCUCCGGAAGGUAAAAAGUUUGCCGUUUGCAGCCAAUGCAAAAAGGCCUGGUAUUGUUCGACGAAGUGUCAAAAAUCUUCAUGGAAGAACGGCCAUAAGACUAUCUGUGAAAAGGCUGAACCAGUGAAAGGAAAGUAAUAACACAUACAUACACACACACACACACACACACACACACACACACACACACACACACACACACACACACACACACACACACACACACACACAUAUUCACA